UGCAGUGUCCCCCUGGCGGAGUGUGAAGUGUCUCCCGGAUGAAGGGUCCCCCCCGGGUGGAGUCCUUUUCCUCCUGAGGGCGGUCGGCGGUCGGUCGCGGCUCCCUCUCCCGCUGAUUGCCGGCGCCUGGUCUCCGGGAAAGUGAAGCGGCGGCUCGGGCAGACGGUGGGGUGAGCCGGUCCCCGGACGAGUGUGGGAGUUGCGGCGGGAUCGAUGGAAGUCACCGAGUGGAAAAGGAGCAGGAAAACGCGGAGCUUUAGGAGAGCGAAUGAAGAUUAUCAAGAUGAUAACUUGGACAGCAAGGAAAGCCUGGGGCAGGCACUUGACACAGUUAUUGUCACAGGUGACAUGUGUGAGGGGUUGAAGAAGGAAGUGUCAGGAACGACACACUUUUUAAAUAACAAGGUUGACAGUGUAAGAAUCCAUCAGCAAAUGAUGCCUGGCCACGAAAAAGUGAAGGACGAACCAGGGACUUCAGAUUUAACAGAUCUGCAAAGCGAUACAAACCAGACCAAUACCUGUCCUGAUGAGCCUCGUUUAUCCCAGAGUAUCGUCUGGAAUGAUAUCCAGAAUCAAACACAGAAAUCCUGUGUUUCAGGAGGAUACAGAUCACCUAGACUGGUCAUAGCUGCAAACACUGAAAGAUUCCAAGGAGAGAUGCCACAUUCUGCAGUGGAUUCGAACCGUUGUAUGUGUAGUUGUCAGCCAACAUUACUAGCCAUACUGAAUGAGCUUCGAACCCUGCGGGAAUGGAUGCAAGGACAAGCAGGUCCUCAGAGCACCAUGCAGGUUCCAUCGUCCCAUGUUUCCACCUCUCGUUCAAAUUUUCUACGGAACAAAACUGUGAAAAAAAGACCGAUCCACAAGACCAAGCCUGCUCCAGCUCAACCAAAUGCUAAAGUUCAUAAUCAGAGCAUCAGUUUACCACAAACUGAAAAGAGCCGUUCAUUACCAACAGAGAAGGUGACCAGAGAUAAUAAUCUAAGGCAGAGCCUACCAAAUCGGAUACAGAGUUACAUUUCAGAACUGGACAGCCUACAAAACAGCGAUCUUUUAGAGCCAGAGGUCCGGAUUGCAGAAGGCUAUGACGUGUUUAUUCCCAAAUCUCAACUGGUCUCCAUAUUACUGAACUACUCCCGCUCGGGAAGUUUGCUUUUUCGGAAACUUGUCUCUGCAUUUUUUGAUGAUCGAACACUGGCUAGUUCUCUUCCAAACGGGAAGAGAAAAAGGGGAGCCAAUGAUCAUCGAAAAGGUCUUGAUCAAAACAUUGUGGGAGCAAUAAAAGUUUUCACAGGAAGAUAUUGUACCUUAUAUCAGAUUGAUAGACUUCCUGGACCGAAGGAUUGGAUACAGAUUCUCCAAGAUCAAAUUAAAUUAGCCAGAAAGCGUUUAAAAAGAGGUUCUGGCCUGGAACCAUUUGAAUCCCGCGGAAAGGUGGGAAGCAGUUUUGUUCUAAAUCCAGGAGGGAGCUCUAAUGCAGCCAGUUCAAGCAAUAUGUGGAAUACUUCUGAACCAGGCCGUACAGUUUAAAUGUGAUAUGUGGACAGCUGUUUUUCUAAUGCAACACAAACCUUGUAGCAGUUGGAUCAAAAAAAGUCCUUUACUCAUUCAUUUUUUUGUGUGUUUUUCUCUCUCUCCCUUUCUGGUGCAUCUCAAAACACCUACACAAUCAACUAUGUUCCUUUGUAAAUCUUCCAUUUAUUUAAUGUUCAAAGUUUACUGUACCUUACUUACAAAUUUGUGCUUUAAGUUCUUAUGAAUCUGUGUUUUGUGUUUGUAAUAACCACUCUGUGCUGCUGUCAAGAGUAUUGUAAAGAAUUUGCAACUGGAACAUAAAACAUGCACAGAAUUCCUCAUAUAAUUUAACAACUAACACCAAAAGAUUUCAUUAGAAAAUUAUGCAGAAUACACCAAAGCAACAUUUCUUUUUCUAUAGACAGCUCAAUUUGAGUUUAGUAUUUAACGGUUUUCUUAAAGCAGUCAAUUGAGCAUAUAUUCACCUUGAAUGCUACUGCAAACAAAGCAAAAAAAAGCAGGCAUAAGAUAACAAAAUGUGAAGCUGGAUGAACACAGCAGGCCAAGCAGCAUCU